AUGGCGAAACAUGUAGAAUAUAGCGGCAGGCUGCGGUUGCACAAGUUCCUGAGUGAACCCGCUGAACUAAUGGCGUUCAAAAGUGCUGCGCCGCACUUUCUGCAUCUCCAGAAGAAAAAGUACCGCAAACAGCGGCGCACGCUGCGGAGGUACUUUGCAGAUGACAGCUUCCGAUACCUCCCGCGAGACAACGCCCCCAAGAAAAGCAUCGCAAAAUACUGGUCAUACCGACAUGAUCUGUUCUCCCUAAUCGACCAGGGUAACAUCCACCUCACAGAGGAGCUGUGGUACAGUGUGACGCCGGAGCGCGUGGCGAAGUUCACUGCGGCGUUCAUCGAGGCGUGCCUCCCCGGGGCAACGACGAUCCUGGACGUGUUCUGCGGGGGCGGCGGCAACGUGGUGCACUUCGCGAAGGUUUUCCAGAAGGUCUACGGCGUGGAGCUGAAGCUCGAGCACUUGUACUGCACAUACAGGAACGCGGAGGCGUACGGCGUGGCCGACCGUGUCUGGCUGAAGCACGGGGACUGGCUGCAGCUCGCAGCGCGGGGACGCUUCGAGCGCGUGCAUGUGGACUGCGUAUUUGCAUCGCCACCGUGGGGCGGAAUCGACUACACGAAGACGCAGGCGUACGACCUGGAGACGCAGCUUCAGCCGGCCGGCCUGUCGCAGCUACUCUCCUCCUUCCUCCGCAUUUCGGCCAAUGUCGUCCUCUUCUUGCCGAAGAACUCCAACCUCCAGCAAUUGUCUGAGAUUACGCGCAGCCUUCUCGGCCCGGAGGCUAAGUGCAAGGUGCUUUAUGCACGUGAGAACGGCCGGGACAAGGGCCUACUCUGUUUCUGGGGCGAGGCGUUCUACAAUUUCGAUGCUGCAUCUCCGGCGAACAGCGGAGAGCGACUGGCUGCCCGGCUGCAGGAAGCACAUGACCUUUACGGAUAA